CCGCAGCGUUCUGUCAGGGUUUUGUUACUGCGGCUUCGGCGCCAUAUUGUCUCCGAGAGCUAAGACCCUGCAUUCUAGUCUCUGGCGACUUGCGGAGCAAAGAUGUUGUAUCUUGAGGAUUACCUGGAGAUGAUCGAGCAGCUUCCCAUGGAUCUCCGCGACAGGUUCACGGAAAUGCGGGAAAUGGAUUUGCAGGUGCAGAAUGCCAUGGACCAGUUGGAGCAAAGGGUGGGGGAGUUCUUUGUGAAUGCGAAGAAAAAUAAACCGGAAUGGAGGGAGGAACAAAUGUCCUCAAUAAAAAAAGAUUACUUUAAAGCGUUGGAAGAUGCGGAUGAAAAAGUUCAGCUAGCAAAUCAAAUUUACGAUUUGGUUGAUCGCCACCUGAGGAAACUGGACCAAGAAUUGGCAAAGUUUAAGAUGGAACUGGAGGCAGACAAUGCUGGGAUUACAGAAAUUUUGGAGAGACGGUCAUUGGAGUUAGAUACACCAUCUCAGCCUGUCAAUAACCACCAUGCACAUUCUCAUUCUUCAGGAGAAAAAAGGAAGCACAACCCAUCAUCUCAUCAUUCUACCACAGACCAUACAGCAGAAAAGAAAUUCAAAUCUGAAGCCUUAUUGUCAACCCUUACAUCAGAUGCCACUAAGGAAAAUGCUUCUGGAUGUAGAAAUAACUUGUCUUCAUCAUCCACCAACAAUGUCUACAGUGUGAAUGCCACUCAGCCGCUGACGACAUAUAAUUUGAGUACGCUCUCAUCUGGCGCUGGAGCCGGGGCAGGAGCUAUCACAAUGGCUGCGGCGCAAGCAGUGCAAGCAACAGCACAGAUGAAAGAAGGGAGAAGGACAUCAAGCCUGAAAGCAAGCUAUGAAGCAUUUAAAAACAAUGAUUUUCAACUUGGGAGAGAUUUCUUGCCUAGAGAUUCAUCCACCUACUCGUCUUCAGCCUUGGCUUCUACAUUAACUCAGACCUUAACAUCAUCAGCGACCACAGACUCAAGAAGUGGCCGAAAAAGCAAGAACAACAACAAAUCUACAAGCCAGCAAUCUUCCUCGUCGUCUUCAUCGUCGUCUUUAUCGUCCUGCUCAUCGUCAUCUGCUUUAGCGCAUGAACUGUCUCAUCAGCAAGCUGCAGGUGUUCCAGAGUCUGAUUCUAAUAGUCAAGUGGAUUGGACUUAUGAUCCAAAUGAACCUCGCUAUUGCAUUUGCAAUCAGGUAUCGUAUGGAGAAAUGGUAGGAUGUGAUAACCAAGAUUGUCCUAUUGAAUGGUUCCAUUAUGGAUGUGUUGGAUUGUCAGAAGCACCAAAAGGCAAAUGGUAUUGCCCACAAUGCACCGCUGCCAUGAAAAGAAGAGGCAGUAGACAUAAAUAGGCUUUCUGUCUCCUUCAAAAUGUUAUCUUUUUACAAGCGUGAACUCAAUAUUUUGCCAUGGAGGAGAGGCUUGCCAACACCUAUUCAACUUCCAUUCUGCUGGUUGCGUUGUAUAUUGCAACACUUGUCCAGUUCGAUCGCAGUAUUUGUACAUAUUCAGUGUUUUUGCAUAAAUUGACUGUAUUGACCAUUAAGGCUUUUUUUUUCUUCAUUUUAAUUGUACAUUCUGUGUUGAGACCAUAAUGUUCCAGAUAUUCCAGGCUAGUAUGUAAGACUGUAAAUAAAAUGAAAACUUACUGCAAUGUAUACAUUUGCAGUAAUUUGCAAGUUUAAGUCUAUAUGAACGAUUUCCUUAUGAAACAAGAAAUUCAGCUGGCUGAAGAAAACAAGCCAUGUACUUAGGCUGUUGGGCUGGUGUCCAUUGCUUACACGGAUACAUGAUUUAGUCUUCUGCUAUCUAAGGAAUAAAAUGUACAUAUUUAGCAUUUGUAUGUUACUACACAAAAGUAUGGUGUAGUAUGUUAUUGAUGUAAUCAAUUUUAUACCAGAUGUGUAUUUUUUGUGCAGGUAGUUACAUAGUAGUUAUACUUAAAAAAAAAAUAAAAAAUAAAAAUAAACUCCAUGCUCCAAUGUAUAUAGAAA